AGUUGGAUAUGUGCAUGGACAUAAAUGCGGAUCAAGGAGGAGACAUCCUAACUCCACAUUAUUAUAUGGAUUGACUGGGUACGAGCGAUGUUUUAAACUCGAUUUCAUUUCUAGUGUUCGUCAGGAAUCAUGAUAAGGAAGGCAUUUUUUUUUUAAUUGGAUCCUUCCCUUCAUUCAUUCAUUCAUUCAUUCAUUCACUAGUUGAGGACCUUCUAGCAGACAUUUAGCCUACAUUUUUACUGAAUAUUUUCUUUCACUGGCUCAAAAUGGUCGGUUUACAUCUCGGUUACCCUGAACUACGCAAAUGAUCAUGUUGAAGCCAUGUUUUUCGCUCACAAUGUUUCCACAUUCACUAGGCUAUAUGAAGAAUUAUUCACCAGUUUUAUUCAUAUUUAUUUAUUUUUUUCCCAAAAAUUAAUGCAAGACAUGGGUGGCCUGAUAAGAUUUCGAUAAAGUAAAUGGAAGUUAUCAAUUGCGUAAUCAGUAGGCUAAAUCAGAUGAAUUUCAUCGCAGAUAUAAACAUUUUCGUUCAUUUUAAAGGAUGUCUACCAGACUGUGAUUUUAUUCCUUUGACUUAUUGGGAGUUUCUUUUUCUUUUCUUUUUUUGUUCUUUUUUUACGUCCGACCGAACGUGCGUAGGUUUAAAUGUUAAUAAAAGAUCAUGCAAAUGAGCGUGUGAAGGCAGACAUCAACAGGUAUAAUGCAUUCCAAUGACAUGGAUUUCGUACAAAUGUUUUUCUGCUUUCUCUUGUGCUGGACUGGAGUCGAUGCCGUUUACAAUUUGAAAUACACAGUGGAAGAAGAGCUGCGUGCAGGCACAAAGAUAGCCAACGUGACGGCGGACGCAAAAAAUGCGGGUUUUGCACUGGGAAACCGACAGCCUUAUUUGCGGGUUAUCUCCAAUUCCGAGCCACGAUGGGUCAAUCUGAGCCCCGCCGGACUGCUCAUCACAAAGCAAAAAAUUGAUCGGGACGCUGUUUGCCGACAGACACCGAAGUGUUUUAUUUCGUUGGAGGUGAUGUCAAACUCGAUGGAGAUCUGCGUGAUUAAAAUUGAGAUUAUCGACGUAAACGACAACGCGCCCCGCUUCCCCACCAACCACAUCGACAUAGAAAUCUCGGAAAACGCCGCUCCCGGUACCAGAUUUCCCCUAGAGGGGGCAAGCGAUCCGGACUCCGGGAGCAACGGCAUUCAGACGUACACAAUUACCCCUAAUGAUAUUUUCGGUCUUGAGAUUAAGACGAGGGGAGACGGGUCCAAAUUCGCAGAACUUGUGGUGGAAAAGACUUUAGACAGAGAGACGCAGUCUCGUUACACGUUUGAACUCACAGCGGAGGAUGGUGGAGACCCCCCAAAGUCCGGGACUGUGCAACUUAACAUAAAAGUCAUUGACUCGAACGAUAACAACCCCGUUUUCGAUGAGCCAGUAUACACUGUAAACGUGCUGGAGAACUCUCCUAUCAACACGUUAUUGAUAGACCUGAACGCCACGGACCCAGACGAAGGAACCAAUGGCGAGGUGGUCUACUCGUUCAUAAACUUCGUGUCCAACCUGACCAAACAGAUGUUUAAAAUCGACCCCAGAACAGGCGUGAUAACAGUGAAUGGCGUUUUGGACCACGAGGAAUUGCCCGUCCACGAAAUUGAUGUACAAGCCAAAGAUCUGGGUCCAAAUUCAAUCCCUGCCCACUGCAAAGUGAUUGUUAAUGUAAUCGACAUCAACGACAACGCGCCAGAAAUCAAACUGUUGUCAGAAAACAGCGAGAUGGUAGAGGUGAGCGAAAACGCUCCUCUCGGAUAUGUAAUAGCUCUGGUGAGAGUCUCAGACAACGAUUCGGGAGCGAAUGGAAAAGUGCAGUGCAGACUGCAGGGCAAUGUGCCUUUUAGACUCAACGAGUUUGAGAGCUUCUCCACCUUACUUGUUGAUGGCCGUCUGGAUAGGGAGCAGAGAGACAUGUAUAAUUUGACCAUUCUAGCCGAGGACAGCGGGUAUCCCCCGCUCAGAAGCUCGAAAUCUUUUGCAGUGAAAGUAACGGAUGAAAACGACAAUCCCCCGUACUUCACCAAGCCACACUAUCAAGCCAUGGUCCUCGAAAAUAACGUCCCAGGUGCGUUUCUGCUGGCGGUGUCCGCCAGGGACCCUGACCUGGGCAUGAACGGCACCGUGUCCUACGAGAUCAUCAAAUCGGAGGUGCGGGGCAUGUCUGUGGAAUCUUACGUGACCGUGAACUCAAACGGCGAAAUAUACGGCGUUAGGGCUUUUAAUCACGAAGACACGCGGACCUUUGAGUUUAAAGUCUCUGCAAAGGAUGGGGGAGAUCCACCUUUGACCAGCAACGCCACCGUGCGCAUUGUUGUACUGGAUGUAAAUGACAACACACCUGUGAUGACCACCCCGCCCCUGGUGAACGGCACCGCGGAGGUGUCCAUUCCUAAAAAUGCUGGAGUUGGUUAUUUGGUUACACAAAUAAAAGCUGAUGAUUACGACGAGGGGGAAAAUGGAAGGUUAACGUAUUCAAUUUCAGAAGGCGACAUGGCUUACUUUGAAAUAGAUCAGAUAAACGGCGAGGUGCGAACCACAAAGACGUUUGGGGAGAACGCGAAACCAUCCUAUCAAAUAACCGUGGUGGCGCACGACCACGGCCAAACUUCUCUAUCUGCCUCUGCCUAUAUUGUCAUUUAUCUCUCUCCUGAUCUCAAUGCACAGGAGCAAAUCGGACCCGUCAACCUGUCCCUCAUUUUCAUCAUUGCCCUGGGUUCUAUUGCAGUCAUCCUGUUUGUCACAAUGAUCUUUGUGGCAGUCAAGUGCAAAAGGGAUAACAAGGAAAUCCGAACAUACAACUGCAGGGUGGCGGAGUACUCCUACGGCAACCAGAAGUCCAGCAAGAAGAAGAAGCUGAGCAAGAACGACAUCCGCCUGGUGCCGCGGGACGUGGAGGAGACGGACAAGAUGAAUGUGGUGAGUUGCUCGUCUCUCACCUCUUCGCUCAACUACUUCGACUACCACCAGCAGACUCUGCCGCUGGGCUGCAGGCGCUCCGAGAGCACUUUCCUCAACGUGGAGAACCAGAACUCCAGGAAUGCCGCACCCAACCAUGGCUACCACCAUACCUUCACAGGGCAGGGCCCUCAGCAGCCUGACCUCAUCAUCAACGGCAUGCCACUGCCUGAGGUGAGAUUUGCUCCAGUCUGCUCCAUCCUUCAGCCUGCCACGGCUACCAGCGGCAAGGGAGGGUGGGAUCGGGGGAGAUCCGCCACAGGGCCAUUAACCCAACUUAGUCAGAAAUAUUAA